AUGGGCUCACUUAAUAGCCGCUUCCAGGCUGCCCCGCGGACGUCGGAGGAGGUUGUCGAGGGCCACUGUGCAGGCGGAAAACAUGGAUGCGAGUGCAGGAAGAGGAAACGAAGCUCGCGCUGUGACUGUGACAGUGAGCCGGACGAUGAAGACAGCCUGUUAGACACACCCCGCAGAAAAAAGUUAAAAAGCACCUCGAAGUACAUCUACCAGACUCUGUUUCUAAACGGAGAAAACAGCGACAUCCGUAUCUGUGCUUUGGGGCAGGAGUGGAACCUACACAAAGUCUACCUGUGUCAGUCGGGUUAUUUCUCCAGCAUGUUCAGUGGAUCGUGGAAGGAGUCUAAUAUGAUGGUUAUUGAGUUAGAGAUUCCUGACCAGAACAUCGACACAGAAGCUCUACAGGUCGUCUUCGGAUCGCUCUACAGAGACGACGUUCUGAUCAAACCCAGUAAAGUUGUCAGCAUUCUCGCCGCGGCCUGUAUGCUCCAGCUGGACGGGCUCAUACAGCAGUGUGGAGAGACGAUGAAGGAGAACGUCAGUGUGAAGACGGUGUGUGGUUAUUACUCUGCCGCCAACAUCUACGGCCUGGACUCCGUCAUGAAGAAGUGCCUGGAGUGGCUGCUGAAUAACCUCAUGACCCAUCAGAACGUGGACCUGAUGAAGGAGUUAGGAGUGGAGGUGAUGGAGCAGCUGAUUCAGUCCUCAGACUUGUUUGUGAUGCAAGUUGAGAUGGACGUGUACACGGCGCUUAAAAAGUGGAUGUUCUUACAGCUCAAUCCAUCCUGGGACGGCCCCCUGAAGCAGCUCCUCUCUGAUGCUGACACGUGGCUUUGUAAACGGAGGAGUGACCUGGGGGAAGAGGAGCCGUUCCUGAACACGGAGGAGGGCCUGCCCUUCAGCCCAGUGUUUCACCACGUUCGCCUGCAGUACAUCAUCAACGACCUGGCCUCAGCACGCAUCCUGGAACGGGACAACAUCCUGCCACCAGAGUGGCUGUCCUGUAUGUAUAAACAGCAGUGGUUUGCUAUGCUGCGAAUGGAACAUGACAACGACAUAGGACCCCAAGAAGCCAAUAAAGAAGAGUUCGAGCUGAACAGCAUGCGGUGUGGCAGGAAACUCACCAAAGAUGGCGACUACUGCUGGCGGUGGACAGGAUUUAACUUCGGAUUUGACCUCCUGGUGACCUACACCAACCGAUUCAUAGUCUUCAAACGAAACACCCUCAGUCAGCCGUGCGGGGGCGCCGUUAGCCUGCAGCCUCGACGCCACCUGGCGUACAGGUUACGUCUAGCCUCAUUUGACAGCAGCGGCAAACUGAUUUGCAGUCGUUCCACUGGCUACCAGCUCCUCACUCUGGAGAAAGACCAGGAGUACGUGGUGAUGAACCUGGACAGCAGGCUCCUGUCUUUCCCGCUCUACGUCUGCUGUAACUUCCUCUACACGUCUCCUCCGUCGGAGCGCCGCGCUGACGUCCCUGAACCAGAGAGCAGCGCCCGCAGUGUGUCCUGA